AUGGAGAGUGUUACUUGUUACUUUUGCAAAAUAGUAACUAAUAACAAAAAGAAAAAUAUAGGGCCAACCAGACAGGGUGGUUUCCUUGCCUUGAAACACUUAAGUAUUUCGGAAACGAUUGGUCCGACCGAGGAAGAGGAGGUGGAUCAGUUUUAUGAGGAUAUCAACAGGGCUCUUACUGUUCCUGGAUGUAGUCAAACCUUUCUUAUAGGAGACUUCAACGCUAAAGUUUCAAUUCAAUUGGACGAGGCUGAGAAAAUAAUGAGGCCAUUUGGAAUCGGAGCCAGAAACGAUAGAGGCAAUACUUUAAAAAACUUCCUCUCACAACAUCGACUAUACCUAAUGAAUAGCUUUUUCCAGAAAAAAGAACACAGAAGAUGGACUUGGAUAAGCCCGAAUGAACAGACAAAAAACGAAAUCGAUUUUAUUUUACCACAGAAUGGUUAG